AUGGAUAACAAAAUUAUUGAUGAACAAGAACAAAGGGGAUCUACUACAAUAAUUAAUAGUAUUAGAGGUGAUAAUGGAGAUCAACCACUAACAACCUCUACAGCAUCAGCAGCACCAACCACCAAUACAGUUAGUGUUGAAGUUAUUGCAGAUUUAGAAUCAAAAAUUAGAAUGUUAAGUGGUCAAUUAGAAUCUGAAAGACAAAAACAAACUCAAAUUGAAUCUGAAAAUAAAAAUUUAAAAAAGAUUUUAGAAGAAUUAUCACCAUCAAAAUCUUUGAAUGCAAGUAGUGGUGGUAUUAAUUAUAAUUUUAAUACCACAAAUAGCAGUUAUAACAAUAACAAUAACAAUAACCACACCACCACCACCACCACCACCACCACCACUAGUGGCAGUAGUAAUAAUAUUAUUAAUAAUACAAUUGGUAGUAAUAGUAGUAGUAAUAAUAAUAGUAAUAGUGGUACACCAAUUAUUGGAUCAACAACUCCAAAUUUAUCAACAUUAAAUAAUAAUAAUAAUAAUAAUACACUAUUAAAUUCACCACAACAAGUUAUAAAUAGUAAUAAACAAUUGGAGGAUACAAUAUCAAAAUUUGAAGAUCAGGUUAUGCAAUUAAAGUUGUGUCUUACAAAACGUGGUCCAUCACAUUCAUUACCAGUUAGUCCAAAAACUAUCCUCAAACCAACAAACAUAAAUAAUUCACCAUUAGCAAAUUCAAGUACAAGCAAUUCAAGUAGUACUAGUAAUGGUACUACCAACUCUUUACCAUCCAAUUCUGUAUUAGAAAGUCAUAAAGUUUUACAACUUAAAAUUGACACUUUUGAACAAAAAUAUUCUUCAAUUAAGAAUAUUUUAUUAGAUAUAACUUCAAAUUCAUCAUUUGAUUAUAAUAAUAGUAUUAGUAAUAAUACUACCAAUAUCAAUAAUAGUAAUAAAAAUAAUAUAGAAAAUACAAUUGAAAUAAACAAUACAACAGAAAUUAAAAAAGAAAAAGAAAAAGAAAAAGAAGAAAAAGAAGAAAAAAAAGAAGAAAAAAAAGAAGAAAAAAAAGAAGAAAAAAAAGAAGAUAUCUCAAUUGUAGAUAAUUCUAGUAAAAUUAAUGAAUGUAAUAAUAAUAAUAAUAAUAAUAAUAAUAAUAAUAAUAAUAAUAAUAAUAAUAAUAAUAAUAAUAAUAAUAAUAAUAAUAAUAAUAAUAAUAAUAAUAAUAAUAAUAAUAAUAAUAAUAAUAAUAAUAAUAAUAAUAAUAAUAAUAAUAAUAAUAAUAAUAAUAAUAAUAAUAAUAAUAAUAAUAAUAAUAAUAAUAAUAAUAAUAAUAUAACGGAAGAUAAAGAAACUUCAGAUACUACAAAUACAGCUAAUAGUAGUAUCUCUGUAAAUAUAGAUUCAAAUAGUACUUUAUCAAUUCCUGAUGAUUCAUCUCUCUCUUCAACAAAGAUUUCUUCUGAUAAUAUGAUAGUGAAUACAAAUAACAAUACUACUAAUGAUUUAUCGAUGAACCAACCAAUUGCAACAUUUGUUUCUGAUGAUACCGAUGUAAAUAGUAAUAAUAAUAAUAAUAAUAACAACAACAGUAACACUAAUAGUAAUAAUACAAAAGAAAGCCAAGAAAAGGAUUCAGAUUCAGAUUCAGAUUCAUCAACAUGUAGUGAUGGAGAGGUAGAUAGUGAUUUAGAAAAUAUGAAGCAAGGAAAAGAUCAACCAGACCAAACUCAACAACAACAACCAAAACAACAACAACAACAAGAAAAUACAAAUAUAUCAAUAGUUUCUACUACAACAACAACAACAAUAGAAACACCAACAAAAUUAGAGGAUGAACAACAAAAACAACAACAACAAAUAGAAAAAGAAGAGAAAAAAUUAAAACAAUCAGUAUUAAAUAUAAAUAUUUAUAAAGAUGAAGAGGAUAAAAAAGAAAAAGUUAAAUAUAUUGUUGCAUUAGAGGAUUUAUCAUCUCUUCCAGACCCACCCUCAAAUGUACCAACAAUUCAUCCAAAAGAUAAAUCACAAAAAGCAAAAUUAGGAGGGGUCCUUGGAGGUAGUACUGGUUCAUUAUCACCAAGACCACCUUCACCCACUCCACAUAAUCACAAUAAUAUAAAUAAUGGUAAUGGUAGUAGUAGUGCACAUAAUUUAUUAAAUUCAGCAGCUUCAACAGCAGCACCAUCAUUACCAACAACCAUUACAUCAGCAACCCCUAGAGCAUCAUCUGAUUCAAUUUUACCACAACCACAACCACAACCACAACCACAACCACAACCACAACCACAACCACAACCACAACCACAACAACCUCAACAACAACUUCAACAAGUACAACAAUCACAACCUCAACCACAACAAGUACAACAAUCAACACCAAAUUCAAGUUCAAAUAAUUUAUCAAUUAAUCAAACAUCUACACAAUCUUUAUCAACACUUCAAACCAAUGAUAAAUCAACAGAAUCAUCAUCAUCACUUGCAACCAAUGACACAAAUAGUACCUACUCUGAAGAGGUUUCAAAUGUAAAGGUGGUACCAUUAUCAGAUAUUGUUAAAGAGGGUAAUUUAAAAAAGAAAGGUGGUGGUGAAGGUGGUCGUCGUAAUUGGACAGUAAGAUGGUUCAAAUUGAAAAAUGACUCACUCAGCUAUUACAAAAAGAGAAAAGAUACAAAACCGAAAGGAAUUAUCAAAUUAAGUCACUCAAAAGUUGAAACACAUAGUGGUAAACCCUUUGGUAUUGUCAUUCUAUCUGGAAUAAAUAGUAAAAAUAUAAUGAGAGAUUAUCUACUAAUGGCUGAUUCUAAAAAAGAACAACAAGAAUGGUUACAAUCAAUUUCUGAUGUUUUAAAACAACUUCAAUCUUAA